CUGUGUCACCGUCACCGUCUCGCCCCCGGUGGCGCGCGACUCUUUCUGAAUUCAUGUGCUUUUGGUCCCAAAAUUCCGCUUGACCAACCACAUCUGACGCGUGCGAAUCGCCCCUCCUUGCGCACUUCCAGCCAAUCAAUUCAGAAAAAAAUUCAGAUGGGCGCCCGAGCCUCACUUCUAUGUUGACACAGCUGAAUUCGGUGUGGAUUUAAAAGCUCCGUAGCCGACAGUGAACUGGACGACACUGCAUCACCUCGAGCCGUCAACAUGCCUGCCGCAAGUCAGAAUGCCCUCUUCGGAAUGGGGAACCCCCUGCUGGACAUCUCCGCCGUGGUGGACAAGGACUUCCUGGAAAAGUACGGCCUGAAGCCUAAUGACUCCAUCCUGGCUGAAGACAAGCACAAAGCCAUGUUUGAGGAGAUUGUGAAGAAGUUUAAGGUGGAGUACCAUGCUGGAGGUUCCACCCAGAACACAGUGAAAGUAGCCCAGUGGAUGAUACAGAAGCCGCAUAAAGUGGCAACGUUCUUCGGCUGCAUCGGGAAGGAUAAGUUUGGGGAGAUACUCCAGCAGAAGGCCGAGGAGGCCCACGUAGACGCACACUACUUCCAGCAGAGCGAAGAACCAACUGGCACCUGUGCUGCCUGUAUUACAGGAGACAACAGGUCGCUGGUUGCUAACUUGGCAGCUGCCAACUGUUACAAGAAGGACAAGCACCUGGACCUGGAGGAAAACUGGGCGUUAGUGGAGAAGGCCAAGGUCUUCUACAUCGCUGGGUUCUUCCUGACGGUGUCUGUGGAGUCCAUGCUGAAGGUGGCGGCUCAUGCAGCAGAGCACAACAAGAUCUUCUGCCUCAACUUGUCCGCGCUCUUCAUUUGCCAGUUCUUCAAGGACGCCCUCAUGCAGGUCAUGCCCUACGUCGACAUCCUCUUCGGGAACGAGACGGAGGCUGCCAUGUUUGCACGAGAGCAAGGGUUUGAGACUAAGGACAUUGAGGAAAUUGCCAAGAAAACCCAGGCUCUGCCCAAAGCCAACAAGAAGAGGCAACGCAUCGUGGUGUUCACUCAGGGCAAGGACGGCACAGUCAUGACCAAAGGUGAGAAAGUGGAGAUGUUCUCUGUGCUGGAGAUUGACCAGAGUAAGAUUGUUGACACCAACGGCGCCGGAGAUGCUUUUGUUGGAGGUUUCCUGUCUGAGCUGGUUCAGGAGAAGACUCUGGAGGAGUGUGUAUGCGCGGGUCACUACGCCGCCAACGUCAUCAUUCGACACGCGGGCUGCACCUUCCCCGAGAAGCCCGACUUCCCUUGAUCACAUGACCACACGGACACACCCACUCCCACCUGCUUGGAGAGAAGAGCCAAGAUGGCGUCCUGACAGCUCCACUGUGGAACAGAUGCAUCUCUCUCCUCCUGCACGGCCUUCUCCAGACUUCCCUCCCUCCUUUUCUAACACCACCCUCUCCUCUUUUUCUAACACCACCCUCUCCUCUUUUUCUAACACCCCCUCUCCUCCUUUUCUAACA